UAAAUAUGCAAAGAUUUUCACUUAAAAGUGAACAAACUGGAGAGGAAUAAUAGAGGAAGAAGAAAACCAAGGAAAAGUUUCAUGGAUGGAUGUAGUGAAGGGGGAUGUGACAGGGAAGGACGCUGGGUAUAGAGUUGGAUAGCGACCCCUAAAGGAAUUAGAUUUUAAAAAAGACAACGAAAUUGUGACAUUGUCUUUAGGAUUUUAUUUUUUUAGUGUUUCGGUUGAAGAGCGCAGCAGCUACAAGUGCAGGAGAAAAAUCAUCACAAACUCACAAUUAUUGUUAUUUUAUUAUUUUAUUUUUUUAGUAAACCAGCCAGUUAAAAAAAAAGCCUUUUGACGUAAUGACAAGCUACGCGCAAGACGGUCACGUGAUUUAUUUUUUGGCUAGUGCCAUAUUUUUGUAGCUACUGCUGUAAGAAGCUGCCUCUAAAGCAAAACCAGUAGCUUGCAGCUUCGCCUACUAACGCCAUGGAUUUCAACGUGAAGAAGUUAGCCAGCGGUGCGGGGCUGUUCUUCACGCGAGCCGUCCAGUAUACUGAGGAGAAGCUGGGCCAGGCGGAAAGGACAGAGUUGGAUGCUCACUUUGAGAACCUAAUGAGCCGCGCUGACUGCACCAAACACUGGACAGAGAAGAUCUACAGACAGACUGAGUACCUGCUGCAGCCCAACCCAAUUGAUCAUACUGGUGAGUAUCCUGCCUUCCAAUCCCCCUGUAGUGCUCUGCUGUGGAAACCUUUCAUGCUUUGCAUCAUUAGCAUAAAGGAGUAAUCAACAGGAACAAAAAUGCUCACAUUUUUGUGUUGUUGAGAUCAAAUACAGAUUUUUCACUCUGUGAUUAGGAACAUUAGAGUGACUGUUGACCACUGAAGAGUUCUCAGAACAAAGGCUGCUGUUUCACACAGCUAAUCAGACAAAGUGUUUCCUUGAGAUCUUUUCCACUAAACCGAUCUCGGUGCUAGAGCUGACUGAGCACCGGGCUUCUUCAAACUUGCUGUAAUACAGACUGCUACAGGAGAUCCUUCCUGCUCACAGGCAUCGCCACCUGCAAUGACUUUUUGAAGAAUCUUGAAUAAUUUCAGUUACAUUUAAUUUCCCUUUGGAAUCAAUAAAGCAUUUUUGAAUUGAAUUUGAUCAAUUUUCAGAAUAAUGUAAAUCACUCUUUAGUAGAUUUUUAGAUGGUAAUUUAAAUGUUAAAUUAUAAAGAGAUGAUGUUCAUAAAUAUUAAUAGAUUAAAAGAUUACUGUUAAAUGUUUAUAGUGUAGUUUUCCUAAGCCAUAAACAUGAAAGAAAUGUUUUGUAGAAAGAAACGAGACAUUCAAACUCUUUGGACUAUUUUGAGUUCUUUCAUUGGGUAAUACCAGCAUCUUCUAACAGUUUUGCUUGUGGAGUCUGUUUGGUGUUGGUAAUCUAACAGUUUAAUAAAGGACCCGUUUUAUUGUCCUACUUAUUUGUCUACAGAAAGAUAUUACACAAACAAACAUGAACACCAAUUUAAUAGACUAAUUUCAACCUGUUUUCUGUGCCAAAUAAUUAAGAAUGUAUAGACAUGUUGCAUGUUAUUGUUUACAUCCAAAUACGUUGAGGGUAAAAAGACUCUUCUUUUACUUGCCAUAUUUAGCCGUGUUUCUGUUGUAGAACAAUUCUUUUGACAAAAUGAAACCUGGAGAUGUAUGGGGUUUUAAGUUAGUGCGGUGCGCCACAGUAACGGGAAAAAUAAUGUAGGGAAAUCGUUGAACGACUCAAAACCGCUUGUAUUCUUCCUUUUUAUCGCUGUCUGUCAGCUAUUCUACACAGUUGCGAUUACUGACUGACAACAUCACUAAUAUAUCAGGAUUUAACACUAAAGAACACCUAACAUUUCUUACACAAAGAUCAGAACAUUUAGUCUGUCAUUGUAUCAUGUUUUCAGGCUCCAUGUUUAUCUUAUGAUUAUUAAUAAGUGAUUGUCUGAAGACAGCGGUGGCAGAUCAGCUAAUUUAAACCCGUGCUCUACUGAUGAUCUGUCAGAGAUGGUGUGCG